CUGAACGACAGUUUACUUUCAGAAACACUGAAGGCUUUGAAACAAAGGGAUUAUUGCUUUCAAAAGAGGGAAAACUUCUCAAAUAACGGGUUCGUGCGAAGAAUCCUUAAAACGCUUCCCGAUUGGCGCCACUUUUUGUCGGCAGAUAUGAGUGAAGACUGUCUCUAUCUGAAUGUCUUUGCGCCGGACUCUGCGCACAACAAGACAGUCAUGGUUUGGAUCCAUGGCGGAGGAUUCAUCUCCGGAUCCACAGUCUUAUACGACGGCUCUAUUCUGGCCGCCAGACAUGACGUUAUCGUCGUUUCCAUCGCCUAUCGGUUGGGAAUCUUCGGCUUCCUGUCUGCCAAUGGAUCCCUAUUUCCCGGCAAUUACGGGCUUCACGACCAGGUGUUAGCUCUUCAGUUCAUCAAAGACAACAUCCAGGGUUUUGGCGGAAACCCUGAUAAUGUCGUACUCUUUGGACAGAGCGCCGGUGCGAUCAGUGUUGGCUAUCACUUGAUUUCUCCGUUGAGUCGACACUUGUUCCGACGAGCCAUCCUUCAGAGCGGCAAUCCUUUGGUGCCGAUAAUGCUUACCGGAAGGAACACCCAAACUAUGGCCGCCAUUGAUGUCAUUCGAGACUUGUGUCCACUACUCGUCACAAACGAGACUCAAGAAGUGACAGAAGCCGGCGUCUCCUGUUUGCGACGCGCCAACGCCUCUCUUCUCACGGACUCGUUCUUUAAGGUCUUCUACUCGAGAUUGGGUUCGUUUGCUCCCAUUGAAGACAAUGACUUCUUUGGCGAACAUCCGCAGGAAUUGGUUGACAAAAAGCAGUUCUUUGACACCAAAGAGAUUCUCAUCGGAACCGACGUCGAAGAAGGCGCGUCGUUUGCUUCUUACGGACCGCUCGGAAAGUUCCGGCGCAGCGACCGAAUUGACGCCAAUUUCACGCGACAGACACUCGUCCAGACCUUCAACGAAACCCUUCCUCCAGAAAUGCGUCCCUUCAUUGAGGCCGUC